UACUGGUGUGAAAUAGUGUUUCAUUAUUUCUGAAUGGAACCAGGCAGCAGGGAGGAGUCAGCGGGGUUGUGAGUGUUGGAACGCGGCCUGUCCCUGUUGCCAUGGUGAUGAGGUUACUCAGGCAGCAGCGGUGAAGUCUCUGAGAGUAAAUCUGUGUCUGUAGCUGUAAGUGAGUCCAUAUUUCUGACUUUAUCUGCGUGUUUUAUGAUUUUAUUCAGAGCGCAGUGUCGCUACAGAAGCUCUGCUGUUUUGACUGACAGGUGAAGAUGAACGCAGCGGUGACACAGCGGCAUGCCCAAGCUUUUCUCCCGGAUAUUACCACUAACAGCAACAAACAGAGGAACAGCACUCAGCACAGCAGGGUGCAGCAGGAGAGGGACUCGCUGUCCCAGAAAUCAGCUCAGAUUCCCUCCAAGGCUGAAAUAUCACUGUUCAAAAACAGUCCAAAGCAGAACAUCUGUGUGGAGCUGCUUCAGCAAGGCUAUCACAGGACGUUCUCGGAGCUCUUCUCUCUGCUGCGCUCUGAUCAGGAUCGCAGGGCGGCGGCUGAACCAGGGUCAGAUCUCGAGCUUCAGACUCCGCUGGAGGACCAGCGGGACAAACUGGAGACCAUGAGACUGCACCUGAGCCAGGCGGAGCAAGCUGAAAACACCAGGUCCUGGACAGUGGUGUGUGAGCAGCGUCUGUUUCUAGGUCGGUACUUCUCUGCUCCGGAGGAUCUCUGGCUCAGUUUGCACUUCUACCACAGCUGCACAGACCUAGAGCGAGGAGGCCACUCCAGACCGGCCACAGAGGCGCAGGCGUGCAUGGCGGAGCUCUACCUGCAACUAGAUGAGCUAGAGCAGGCGAAGCAGCAGGCGGAGCUGUGUAUGCAGCAGGCAGACGGCGCCGGCUGGCUGGACUCAGCCGGUCUCCCCCUGAGGCUCCGGGCCCGCAAAAUUCUGUGGAGGAUCUACAGCCGACUGGCUGACGCUCAACUGGAGGCCGCAGACCACAGGGAGGCACUGAGGCUGCUCCACAAGGGCUACAGCAUGGCUAAAGAGUCUGACGACAAACAGAUUGAAGGGGAGGCGUCUUAUCGACUCGGACUGACCUAUCAGAGCGCAGGAGACCAUACCACAGCCAAACAGUUCUUCAACACUUGCAUGCAGAUUUGCGGCACACUGCAGGAUGCAGACGGGCUGGGAAAGGCCUACAAGGCUAUGGCCAAGUCUAUACAGAGUGAGGGAAACAUACAUGACACACUCCAGUGUCUGGAGAAGUUUGCUGACAUCUCCCGUAGUGAAGGGCUGCAACACAACCUGGUGAACGCCUACCUGUGUCUGGGCAAUAUCUACUGUACAAUGCGUCAGUAUGAGAGAGCUCGUGAGUACUUCCUGCAGGGUUAUGACGUGGCCUGUAACCUGGGAGAUGUGGCUCUGCUGCAGAAAGCACAGGUGUUGGUGGGCAGUGCUCGCGCCCGCUGCCUUAUCGGGAAAUACAGCGCAGACGUGCAGUCGACCUCGACCGACGCCCUGCAACGACUGCUGGCGUGGAAGGAGCUGGGGGACUCAGUACUGCUACAGCCUGGUGUUAACGCUUCAUGAAGAACCAGGUGAAUACUGCUGUUGGGACUGCUGGGAGACACACCUCCAAAUCACAGCACGUUACAGGAAAUAAACACUGUAAGUUUGUAACAUGACAUCAUCUUAUCCCCGUGCCAGUCAAAUUAUUGACAUGAUAAAAACAUGACAGGCGUGUUAAGUUACCUCCAUUUUAAGAGGAGCUUUUAUGCUACAGUUACUCACAUUAAAGGAUAACCUCUGAAUCCUUCAUCCUGGAUCCUAGCUCUCGUGUAACUGAUCAAAGCAGAUUGAGAAAUAUCCCAAGCUAAACGACCCACAGUUUCGACAUCAUAAAGACAAAGGUCAAGAAGAUACUUCCUGUUGAGUCAUAGCGCCUGAGAUCGGCUCUUACAUUUAGAAAUCAGCUUUAAUCGGGCUGUUCACACAUGAUGAGCAGAGGUGGAGGAAGUACAGAUCUAAGAAAUAACUUUGUGUCUGUUGAUGAGCUGUCCAGUGUGAGCCAGGGGUGACACUUAACGGCGUUCUCCCGGGCUCGGGAACGCAGCACAGUCACCACAGCUGAAAGCAACAAACAUUAUGCAAUAGUGCACAUAACAGAUUUCCUGAUCAGCUGGCGUCUGGUUUCAGAUCGCAGCUGCGGCUUGUAAGAUAAUGAGUUAAUAAACAGGCAGAGACGCAUCAUCAGAGCUCGCUGAGUCAGCCCUGUCUGUCCGCCAGCUCUUCAUAUGUUUGUGUCUGUUGAGCCGAGCAGAGGAAACGACGAAGAGGAGGAGCAUGAAGGUCUGAAUGUCCUCGACUCGUUUUUAUAUAUUGCUUAUUCUCCGUGAUUAUUUGCUGUUGUGCAGAAUAAAAAUGUUUUGGAGUGAAAUACAAUCUGUGAUCUCACUGGCUGCAUUUUAAAAUGAUGAUGUAACUUCUUAAAAUACUUGAAAAAAAUGUGUUUCCUACUUAGAUCAUAAAAAAUAGAAGCUUUUAUUUAUUUUACUGUACCGUCAAACACUGUUGAUUAUUAAUGUGAUAAAUUAUGUCAGAAUAAUUAGAAUAAUAAGCCAAAAUUAUUUACAAGUUAUUUUCCUUUUUUUUUUAAUAAUGAAGAACGUUAUUUAGAUUGUUUGUGUAUUUAGAAACUUUUACAUGCUUAAUUAUUUUUUUUAAACAGACUUACUUUUACAUUUUCAGUUUAAACCACUGUGAUCAUUAAGUGAUUGUUUAU